AUGGAAGCUUGGAAUAUAAAUAAAGUACCUUCUAUAUUUUCCUUUAUGGGCAUUUAAAGAUAAAAAGAUAGUGAUAAUAUUACAUAUAAUAAGGCUAGCUAUGAAAUAAGAGAUAUUAAUACUAAAAAUCUUGUAAAUUAUUACAAUAAACUCUGUAUUUAAAAAUAAGCUUAAUUAGGUUAAUAAAAUGUUGAUGAAAUUUCAAAUUAAGAGCUUUUCGAAGAAAAAUGUUUAACUAAA